UAUGGUGGAGUGUUGAAGAUCCACGCAGUCUUCGGUUAUGGGGAUCCCAAACAUAUAAUGAGCAGUCCAACCGCGUUUAUAAGCUGUUGCGCACAAUGCGCUGCUCCCAACGAUGAGAAUGACGUGUCCUGAUGCGCGCAGUGUGGAUGCUAGCGCAACGUUUUUCCUCUCCCGGGUCUACCUUUGACGAAUCUUCUCGUGGCUGGCAGAUGGCAUGCUGCAGAACACGCGAAUUGGUUCCGAAACAUCAUAUUGUAGAUGACGUCACGACUUACGGACGUGCUGAUUGGGCACCAUGGAUUGUGUCAUACGUAUAUAUAUUACAGAGGAUUCAGUACUGUUCGAUAUCGGAACUCAUGAUGUUUACCAUAUUCCUUGUCGCAGCAGCUACAGGCUUGGCGUUAAUCUUGAUAUCCCCAUUCAAGGCGACAGAGCCCUACCUCUGUCCCACGAGAACCUUAUUCAUCUUACGUGUUAUAGAGACUUUCCUAAUUUCAAUGUUCCCAGACGGCGUUGCAGUGGCCAGUAUCAGUGUCCUCGUGUCGCACUACACCGGAUUCAGAGGAUUCCCCAUCUUUUUGGCUAUCUGGGGUGUUAAGGUUACCUCUGACAUAAUCCAACUGAUUGAGGCAUAUCAGUAUCUUCUCACUCGUCACCAGGAGUUGGACUGGUUUUGGCGACAUUCCCCUGAGCUGCGUCUCUGAUACCCCAAUUUGAAAGCCAAGCUCUCAGAGUCCAAGCAGUUUCUCAUCCUACUUAAGAACCGGGUCAUAUUUGUCAUCUUACUCGAACAUCACGCCCUGCGUUUCCACGCGGAAACCCUUCUCAAGUUCAGCUUACCCAAUACGAUGUAGGGAUUCAUUUCUGGCUGGGCUUGUAGAGACUGUUUUUACCUUACCUUAUGUUGGCACUUUUGUAGCUUACAUAAGCAAGUUAUCUUUUCACCAGUUACC